CUCAAAAAGAGGCGCCGCCGGUAGCGCCAGGACUUCUGCUGCCUCGUGGUGUCGGCACCAGGGUCCUCUAGCUUGUUCCAACCUUCGUCAUUGCUGAAUGCUUCCGAGUCGAAAAAAUUCGAAACAUUUUUGUUGACACCGGCCGAUGAUGCCACAGGUGGAUACCCCCUUGUCAGAGCAUUAUCGCCCUCGCGAUGGCUCUGAUUCAGCGUAAUUUGGCCCGACCCAGAAAUAUACAUAAGUAAACCCAAGGACCCUCCUGGUGACGCAAAACAUACGAUCAUUCUUUCCCUUUCCUGCUGACUUAGCAUCUCUACCCACCCUCCUCAUAUCUAUCUUCCCUCCUCUCUAUCAUCCCGAACACUACUCGAACACCACACAUCUUCAUACAUCCUCCAUCAUGCCUGCUUUCGAAGACUCCGAUCUCAAUGUCGAGGCCCAGCCCACCCAGCAAAGAUCCAACAGCCAAGCUGUCGGUUCCAGCUUCGGUGGCAGCUUGCCUGUCCCCGGUAUGGAGCCUGGCACCGACAGAUCCGUCGAGGUCCCUGCUACCCGUAGCAGCAUCGCCGACCCCUCUCCCUACAUGCACCAGCUCUCCCUCUCUCCUUCAAUGAAGGACCGCAGAGGAUCCCGCAACUCAUUUGGUGCAUCCCUUCCCAUCCCCCGUUCCAAGAGACAGUCCCGUCUGUCUUCUGUCCACUACCCUGACUCCAAGGCUGGCCGCCCUGGCAUGCCCCCAAUCCAACCUACUCGCGACAUCCUUGCUUCUCAGAUUCAGGACCUCUCUGGCGAGAAGGUCAAGGCUGCCAAGAAUAUGGCCUUUGCUUUCGACAUUGACGGUGUCCUCGUUCACGGUGACCGUCUGAUCCCUGAGGGCAAGCGUGCCCUCGAGAUCCUCAACGGUGACAACGAGCUCGGCAUCAAGAUCCCUCACAUCUUCCUUACCAACGGAUCCGGUAAGCUCGAGGUUCCUCGUUGCGAGCAGCUCUCCAAGAUCCUCGGCAACCGUGUCAGCGUCGAUCAGUUCAUCCAAUCUCACACUCCCAUGAGAGCUCUUUCGGAGUACUACAGCACCGUCCUUGUCGUCGGUGGUGAGGGUUACAAGUGCCGCGAGGUCGCCGAGGCCUACGGCUUCAAGGACAUCGUUGUCCCCAACGACAUUAUCGCCUGGGACCCCACCAUUGCACCUUUCCGUGUCUUCACUGACGAGGAGCGCGCUACUUCUCGCCCUCGCGACUUCUCCAAGAUCAACAUCGACGCCAUCAUGGUCUUCUCCGACUCGCGUGACUACGCCACCGACAUGCAGAUCAUCAUCGACCUCCUGAAGUCGGAGAACGGUCGUUUCGGCACCGUCGCCAAAGACCCCACCAGUCAGCGUAUUCCCAUCUACUUCUCUCAGGGCGAUCUGUUGUGCCCCAGUGAGCACCCAUUCCCUCGCAUGUCUCAGGGUGCCUUCCGUAUUGGUCUCGAGGCUAUGUACAAGGCUCUCACUGGUGUCGACCUCGAGCGUGUUGUUUACGGUAAGCCCGAGUUGGCUACAUACAAGUACGCCGACGAGGUCAUCGCCAGCUGGAUGGAGCAAAUUCACAACGAGGAGAGACUCCCAGAGAACAUCUACAUGGUUGGUGACAACCCAGCCUCCGACAUUAUCGGUGGUAACAUGUACGGCUGGAACACUUGUCUCGUCCGCACCGGUGUCUUCCAGGGUGGUGACAACGACGAGAACAACCCUGCCAGCUUCGGUGUCUUCGUCAACGUCCUCGAGGCUGUCAAGACUGCCAUGCGCAAGGAGCUCGGCCAGGAUUUCAAGUUCGAGUGGAGCUCUGACAACGUCAACCCCGUCCUCGGUGGCAGCCAGGACUACUCUGCUAUUGAGUAAGAGACUGAAAAAGCAUGAUGGCGUUUUCUAUUUUCUGUUUGAUAUCAUGUCCACCCAGGAGGUGUUGACUUUGGCGUUUUUUUACUUUUUUCUUUUAUGCAGCUAGGAGCAUGAACGGCACGAGAACUUAGACGGCGGGAAUACCAGCAAUAGGCUUUUGAGCUUAUUCAAACAUACUUAUGAAUGCUAUGAGAUUUAGACAUCUUAACAACUCUCUACUUUGUCUUCAGGUGAUACGUUUCAGACGUGAAAGUAAUCAAGAGCAGAAUCGCUUGUCGUA